GCACAACAUCUAAUUGUAUAAUCAUACAAUUAGAAAAGAAAUGGCCACAUUGACUUUCUCUUCUUUAAAAAAUUCAGCUAUCAUUCUAAUAUUGCUAUAUGCCUUGACCUUUCCAUUCUCAGUAGUGAAUGCACGACCCGCCACUUUUUUACAGGAUUUUAAAGUCACUUGGUCUGACUCUCACAUAAAACAACUUGACGGCGGCAGGGGAAUUCAGCUUAUUCUUGACCAAAACUCAGGAUGUGGAUUUGCUUCGAGAAGCAAAUACCUGUUUGGACGUGUUAGCAUGAAGAUCAAGCUCGUUCCUGGUGACUCUGCCGGAACCGUCACUGCCUUUUACAUGAAUUCGGACACAGAUAACGUAAGGGACGAACUAGACUUUGAAUUCUUGGGAAACAGGACAGGGCAGCCGUACACUGUCCAGACGAAUGUGUAUGUACACGGAAAAGGUGACAAGGAACAAAGGGUCAACCUUUGGUUCGAUCCAUCCGCUGAUUUUCACACCUAUACCAUUCUUUGGAACCACCAUCACGCAGUAUUCUCCGUGGAUGGAAUACCCAUUAGAGUGUUCAAGAACAACGAAGCAAGAGGAAUCCCAUUCCCCAAAUCUCAACCUAUGGGAGUUUACUCAACAUUGUGGGAAGCCGAUGACUGGGCUACAAGGGGUGGCUUAGAGAAAAUAAAUUGGAGCAAAUCACCAUUUUACGCAUACUAUAAAGAUUUCGACGUAGAGGGAUGUGCAAUGCCAGGACCAGCAAAUUGCGCGAAUAACCCACGCAAUUUUUGGGAAGGAGCUGCUUACCAACAACUAAGCCCAGCACAAGCAAGGCAAUAUCGCUGGGUUAGAAUGAACCACAUGAUCUAUGAUUAUUGCACCGACAAAUCCAGAAACCCCGUUACACCACCAGAAUGCAUGGCCGGAAUUUGAAACUUAAAAAAUCAACUGUACGUUAAUUGUUUAUGCAUAUUCAUUUCUGCAUAUAGAUACAUAUAGUCCAAUGUUGCCCACGCGUCCUUUGCGCACCCUACAAAUAGAGUGGUAGAGGAGGGAAGAAAAUUGUUAUAUUUGUGUUGAUAUGGACAGUCACGCUUAUGUCUGAAUGCUUCGUUCGUUACUAUUGUACUAAGAUUGAGGAGUGGGCUAAAGUCAGAUGUCGAUUUAUUGCUGUAAUAUAUUGUCGUUUGUAUGUGGUGUACAAUGUUCGAGAGCCAAUAAUGUCUUUUCUUGUUUGAUUGA